AUGGAUGGUACUAGUGAUACAUCCGUGGCGCAGCUAAGCGUCGCUGAUGCUACUACGCGACCAAAGAAAUCAUGUGCUUUGGUAUCAAUCUUUUCGAGAAGCAGUUCGGAAGACCCGGCGCUCAAACGAUGGAAACCAACCGCACUCCGCGCCCCAGUACUCAUCCUCACCAUACUAAUAUGCUGGUCGUUAAUCGCCGUAGUACAAAUACUACUGACCCGGAGUCAACAAAACCAAGGCAUAAUCUUCGCACCGAGAAUCAGCGAUUUGCCACUAAGCCGGACAUUCCUAUACUUGUACUUUCCGACCAUUGUCGCUGUGAUAUUCAGCAUGUACUGGGCGUGGAUCGACCUGGAGACCAAACGCAUGGAGCCGUAUUAUCAGCUCAGCAAGGAAAACGGGGCGCUGGGCAAGGACUCGAUCCUGCUCAAGUACCCCUUCGACUUUCUCCCUCUGGUCCCGAUUAAAGCGGCUAGAGAUAAGCAUUGGCCAGUGUUCUGGGCUUCGUUUGCGGUCGUUCUGGUAACCUGGGGGCUUGUACCUACGCAAGCUGGUAUAUUUUCCACGCGCUCGAUUACCCGCAACGACACGAUGCCGUUUGACCGCUCAACGGCGUUUGUGCCUGCUAGCGAUCAGGCGUCGACGCUGACAAUGCGCUUUGCUCAGUCGGCAUAUGGCAUUGCGGUGUUGAAUGAGACGCUGACACAGUAUAUGGGCCGGAACUAUACGCUUGCUCCGUUCCGACCGACACCUGCUUCGAAAACGGAUAAUAAAACUGUGCCGUAUGGGAAUUGGACGGCGCCGACGACAAUGUAUAGCUUGGAUCUGUACUGUGAGCCUGCCGUUAUGAGCACCAAACCGCUUCGUACUGGUGUCAUUGCGAACAGUUCUAAUGGAUGUUCCUUCAACCUGGGCCUGACUGGAAACCUUACCGAGGGCUUGAACAAGGCAUAUGGAGACGACACCGUGUUGCGCAACAAAGAGUUUACGGCCAUGUUCGUGGGUUAUUGGAAUCCUUUUGGCUUUGCCGACUACUCUCUGGAUCAAUACUGUCCGGAGACAAGCAACAGCACUUUCUAUGCGGCUAUACAGCGCAACAAAGCCAAGAGUACGGAUCCAGUCCAGAAUGUAACGGCGAUUUACUGUUGGCCGACUUACUACCAACAAGAUGCAAUCGCAACUGUCGAUGCCGUCACGUUGAUACCAUCCAAGGUCGACCCUGUCGGCGAGAAGAAGCCCCUGCAGGAUGGUAUCUUCAACACCACCCUCUUGGAACAGCUAAUGAACAGCAUCUCGAAUGCGCAUGAAGUAAGAGGUGACCUCCUGCCCACCAAAGCCAUGCCUGAAUACUUUGAUCCUAUCGCGCGAACAAACCUAAGUUUGAGCACUGGCCCCAAUGGUGCUGGGUUGGUACAGCCAAUGGUGGGCUUGGCACUCAGCCUCAGUAAUCGCCCUUUAGAAGAAUACCUAGACUGGAAAGUUUUGGCCAAGUCUUACGCAGAUGGCUAUAGACUCAUGUUUUCUCGUGCGAUGAGAGAAGUAUUGAACCAGGAUUUUCGCUCCGUCGAAACCGUCACCGGACGAGUGGUAGACAACACAGAAGCUGUUGUGCUCGAACCCGUAUUUGUAUACAUUGUGGAGGGGUUUCUUGGUGUAGUUUCACUGGCGACGAUAGCGCUGCUAUAUCUUUCAGUCACCCGGAGGAAGCCACUUCGUUCGAAUCCUAGUACUAUCGCUGCAAUCAUGUCCAUGGUUGCUGAUAACGAGCCGCUACUGGCCGACAUAGAAGGACUGGAUUGUUGUAAGUCAGAAGAGAUCGAAAAGCAUCUGGGCCAAAAGCGAUACAAGCUUGUUGAUGAUGGGACUUCUACCGGUAUCGUCGAGCUUGGCCGUUCACCCGAAGUUCUCGAUAGCAGCAAUCAAUGGCCGCUUCCAACACAGCAACGUAAUACAGUGACUCGCAUCGCGAAGCCUGUCAGGCCUACUGAAUUCAGUUCCUGGGUAGCCGGUCCGCUUGUCACCACUUUCUUAGGGUUAGCCAUUUUCCUCGCUAUAAUAUUCGCCAAAGCUCGAUUGCAGGUGCUGACUGAGGCAGGCUUGCCCCUCCCUUCACCCAACACGAUUGUGCAGAAUUUGUUGGAAAACUAUUUACCUACAGCCAUAGCCACGCUCAUCGAACCAAUUUGGCUUUUGUUUAACCGUUUGCUCUGCAUGCUACAACCGAUCGAAGAACUUCAAGGCUGCAACGCGCGUGCGAAAAGGUCGAUCGAUCUUGACUACAGCUCUCUUCCACCACAGCUAGUCGUUUUCAAGGCUUUCAAAUCAAAACACUUCGUCCUCGCCGCAGUGUGCACAAUGGCGUUGCUAGCCAACCUGCUAGCUGUCAGUCUUGCUGGCCUCUUCAACCAACGCACUAUCGACAUGCAACACGCCAUUUCUACCAGUCGCCCGCUUGAUUUCAAAUUUGUACCAAUCAAUGGCUCGAUUGGUCCUCUAGAUGGUCGAAAUUUUGGCGAUGUGCAAGCAUCUGGUGCUUAUCAGGGUGGUAACGGGGAAGAUCAGUUCUAUGUUGCCGACUCGCACGUCAGAGAAGGAACAGCGUUACCUCCGUGGAUUGAUGAUACCAUGUUCUAUUUGCCAUUCAUACCAGAAGGUGUACAGUCAGCAAAAGAACAAGUUGAAGCAAGAACUAGAGCUAUUGGCGCAAAGCUCGAAUGCCAGAAUCUUGACUUUGAUGAACAGUUCCAAGCUGGCCUGAUCAGCAAAUCACCCACGAUCGAGGGUGUUGCGCCAUCGAUAAAUAUCACAGUCACUUCGCCUGCCGGAAAAGCUGUCCAGUGUACCAAGAUGGGCGCAUACAUGCGCCAGGGCCCAAUAUCGUCCGAGGCAGGCAGCUGCGUUACUGGGCCAAGUGCAGCCGAGCUGGUGGUCAUUUUAGGCCCAUCCGAAAAUGCGUCUCAGGCCGAUACAGCAGUAUGCAUGGGGUCAGUUGUCAUGGGAUGGCUUCGAGACAGCGAUGGCUCCUGUGGAGAGGUAAAACCAAUGGCGCUGAACAAGCAAAAUGCAGCCUUUGUGCAUUGUCGACCAAAACUAAUGACAGGAUUUGCAACUGUUCGAGUCGAUUCAAGUGGUCGACUGCAGAAGAAGGCACAAAACCUGACGAUAGAUGACCGUAUUCCGAUGGAAACCUUCAGCAAUGACCCCGUCAAUGUCAUUGGCCAGUCGAACAGAUACAUUUUCAAAACCAUCAAUGCCGGAUGGCACAAUGACAGCUUCGCCGACGGCUUCAUCAAUUACUUCAUCAGCCAUUCAGCCAAUAGUAGCCGGUUGGUCGAUCCCAAGCAAGGUCCACCCACGUUUGAGGACAUAGAAGGUCCCUUGAACAAAGCGUAUUCCCUUCUAUUUGCAAUCUGGAUGGGGACCAAUAAAGACAAAUUGUUGAUACCCAGCCCUACUCAGAACGCACUGGCACCAGAAGGCUGGCGCAUAGCGCCGGAGACACGCCUCUUCGUCUCGAUGCCAAUGUUUAUCAUUUCCGAGGCCAUUUUAUGUACCUACGUUAUUGUUGCAGUCAUGGUGUACAUGCGUCGCCCUGGCCGAUAUCUUGCACGGUUGCCCACAUCGAUCGCUUCUUUGAUUGCACUAUUCGCCGCUAGUGCAGCUGUUCAAGACAUGCGAGGGACAUCGUACUUGGAUAAAAGGGGCCGAGCUCGACAUCUCGAAGAAGUAGACGCAAGGUACGGAUAUGGGAGUUUCAUUGGUGGUGGUGACGGGAGAGUUCAUAUCGGCAUUGAGAAAACACCGUUUGUGAGAGUCAGGUCCAAAGCCACUUGGUUCGACAAAAAGGUUGCUUCCUGGCGGAGGGGCUCAAGCAGUUGA